AUGUCGAGAACUCGGCCACGGCGCCUUGCAGCUCAAAAGGCCAUGUCUUCUUUUGUAAUACCUGAAAGCGAUGAGGACGGUGUGCCUAGUCCGAAAAGUCAACAUUCGGACUUCGAUGCAUUAGGGGAGGAGUCUUCAUCCUCAUCCACCUCGAGUAACCCGAAUUCUACUGAAAUCUUGUCGGGAGAUGCUAAUUUUGAAGACCGCAGCCAAUCUAGACGACUUGACGGUGAUACUCGUGGUCCAUGUGUUCCCCCACUCUCGCAUAUCCUCCCUCCUUUCGGUAGACACACAGCUGCAUCCAUUCUCCUUCUUUUCAUCAAAGUCUGGGUUGCCGGAGGUGUCUGCAUUCCUACACAGGCAGCGCAUGCUAUUCUCUUUAAACUCACUGACGCCUGUAUCCGAGAAGUAUGGCAUGGAAACAGUGACGCGUCAUUGUUUAGGCACCUAGAGAAAUAUAUGCCGGAGUCUUUGAAAAGUCCCACAAUGGUAUUCUUGGAUGAGCAAAGGGAGGUUGAGACAUCGCGUUUUCAUUUUGAUCAAGCUCACAACAUCCUAUACGCGGGUGGCUAUGUGAAAUGCCUUUCGUGGUCUCCGCCCUAUAUGGAUGAGAAGGGUGUUUCAUUAUCUUUUGUGCCUGGGUACCUGGCUAUUGCCUGUCAUCCAAACAUCGGUACCCGAGUCAAUUUGAGCGACCCUGUCAAAUCUGACUUCGGUCUUAUCCAUGUUUGGUCCUGCACCGACUUGGCUCUCACUGCUAAACAGUCAUGCCCUCAGUUGAAGCCCCACUUUUUCCUCGCCCAUGAUUGGGGUCAUGUAAUGGAUUUGCGGUGGUUGCCUGUGCCCGUUCAAUGUGCAAACCAUUCGGAUGGGUGUGAACCAACCCGACCCUUGCCUCCGGUGGAAAUGACUCCAAAGCAGGUUGCCCAGCUUAUUGGCGCUGUGGUGGGUCAUCUGAUUGCCGCCUGUACUGAUGGUUUUGUUCGUAUUUUCUUGGUCCCUGCGGUGGACAACCGAUUUAAUCUGCCAGAGGAGUUUAAGGUUGUGCUCCCUACCAAAAUACACGACGGAUUACCCCAAAAUGUUUAUAAUUUUAAACCAAAGACGGUGCUUCGAUUGGCACCUAGUACAGACAUUCCCUCUUGGUUGGGAUGGCCAAACGUUCUCGCUAUACGAGGUGAUUUUCCCCAUCGUCUUGUUGUCGGUUAUACGAGCGGUCAUUUAGGUCUCUACAACCUUUCUACACUGAACGCACAUUUUGCAAAAUUGAAUGACUGUCUCUUGCGGCCGAUAAUUCUCACUCAUCUCAUUCCUGGACCCUUCACCUCCAUUGCUCUCCACCCUCUCUAUGAGGGCAUUGUCGUCGGACUUGGAGCUUACAUUCGAAUGCUCAGUAAGCGUCUCGUGUGUGGUCAUGCAGGCUUAGAUCGGGAGGUAAAUGUGUGGGACCUGGCGGAUCCGGAGUGUGUGCAGUACGGCCUACCAGAGCUUUCCUGGCCUACCUCGCGUAUGGGCUGGGGUGGCCAUGUGGUAUGGCCACGAGCCAGUGAUAGUAUCUGGAUAGGUCGUGAGGAGUAUCUCUUCCCUUUUACCAAAAAGAGCACACCCGGAGGUGCCGUGACUUUGGCUAGCCUCAAGAAGCCUUCCGAUGUGCCCGCUCGCAUGCGCGCCUACACUGUCUGUUUCCCCACCGUUUCCCCCAUCGAUUGCUCUCGCUACUGCUUCGACCGCGGGUUCGAAGCCACCACAUGUCUAGAUUACUCGGAUUCGCUUGGGUUUCUUGUUCAAGGCGACGCAAACGGACAGAUUAAUUUCCAUUCUUGGGUGCUGGAUCCGCGACGUGUGGUACGGGAGAAGACUCGUAUUGCAAUUCAGAAGAAACACCGAAUGUAUCAGUGGAUCAUGCGAAAGCGAGCCAACAUACGAGAGCGUGGCAACGAGGCUUCGGCAACCCAAGGCUUUACUAACGAGCAAAAUACUCUCAGACUGGACGUUCUCGAGGAGCCCUUUGAGGAAGCAAUUCGACAGAAUUGCGGCAUCUGCGGCGAAAGUGGACAGACUCUUUGUUGGCAUAAGGUGGAGCAGUAUUUCGAAUUCGUGUUCAGGGAAGGUGUGGGACUACAGAAGAGCAAAUAUGACUUUGUUAAUUCCACGUUUUCCAGUAUAAGUAAGGUGGCCGUGUCACCCAAUCCUGGGUCGGCUAGUUGGAUAGCAGUGGGCACGGGGUUCGGCAUAGUACAGUUGCUGUGUCACGAACAGUUUUACCACCCCAGCAUGGACUCGGCGUUGGGGCGCUCGCCGCUGACUGGAGGGCCGGAAAAAGGAAGUUUUUUUAUGUCUUCAGGGCGCGACGACACCGACUACUCCGACAGUGAAGCCACUGUCUCUUUCCGAGGGGAGGAUCCGUAG